UUCUUCCUUUCAAUUCUUGUUGCUAUUCUAAUAUGGUAUCAGAGCUUUAGCUCGAUCUAGCAUGACGAACUCAAGCUCAACAGCUUCCUCUUCUCCAGCUACUGGAAAUACUACAUUUCCAGCAGUGUUCCAAUCAAACUUGAUUCGAACAACUACCUUCUUUGGAAACAUCACAUUGAAUCAGUACUGCGUGCACACAAACUGUUCAAAUUUGUUGAAAAACCAGAGAUUCCUGAUCAGAUCAUCAAUGGUGAUGAUGAAGAAAACAAAACGAUAACUGAUGUGUAUGUCGUAUGGGAGCAACAGGACCAGAUGCUAUUCUCAUGGCUGCUUUCUUCUCUAUAUGAAUCCUUCCAUGCUCGCGUAAUUCAUUGUCAACACUCGCAUGAGCUCUGGAGUGUGAUUCGCAAAUAUUUUCAAUCAAACCUUGUCGCAAAAGCCAGACAGCUGAAAUCGGAACUCUACAACACUGGAAAAGGAGAACGAUCGAUUUCAGAAUACCUUCUUCGAAUUCAGACCAUCGUCGAUAAUCUCAUGACGAUCGGAGAGCCCAUAUCUACCAAGGAUCACGUGAUUCACGUCAAUGUUAUUCUCGAAGGACUUCCAGAGGAAUACGAAUCUCUGGUAUCCUCUGUAACUUCUCGAAGCGUUUUAGAUCCGGUAACUGUAUCUGAACUUGAACCUUUACUUUUACUCAAAGAGAUGUGUAUGAAAAAGCUAUGUGAGUCAACUCAACAAACUAUCUUCUCUGUCAAUGUUGCUCGAGUUGAAACCUUGUCUCUAAACAACAACUCUGAAGCGAACUCCUCUGAAAACUCUUCUGUGAACAUUGCACAAUUUCAUAACCUUAAUAACAGUGCUCCCUACAGAGGAUAAGGUCGUGGAGGCUUCAAUAGAGGUCGGAGUUCUGUAAUUUGUCAAGUGUGUGGAAAAACAGGUCAUCAUGCCUUAAUAUGCUACCAUCGUUACAAUCUUGCUUACACUAAUCCAAAUCCUCAUCCUAAUCCUAACACAGCUUAUACCACUUCUACAUCUGGACCUUCAAAUCACUGGAACUCACAGCCAUCAUAUCCACACAUUAUCAACAACAGUUUACUCAUCAACCUAACUAUACAUCCAAACAAACCACAUAUCAACAAUACACACCUUCAGUUCCUCCUGGCCACUCCUUCAACCAGCAAUCUACUACACAAGCUCCAGAUAUUUUCAAUUGGGAACAUCAUUCUCCCAGACCCUCACCUUCUGCAGCUUUUACCAGCAAUCUACUACACAAGCUCCAGAUAUUUUCAAUUGGGAACAUCAUUCUCCCAGACCCUCACCUUCUGCAGCUUCCACACACUAUUUAUCCUCAAGACUCUUCUGUCCUUGGCGGCUUGGCCCCAUUCCAUCAAUCCAACAAUGGUUUCCAGAUUCAGGAGCCACACCAUGUUACAGCUGAUCCACUGAAUUUUCAACACAAUGAACCUCGUGCUACAACUGACAAACUCUUUAUGGGCAAUGGUCAAGGUUUCUAAACAAGUUCUGUUACAUGGAGUCCUUGGUGUAGAUGGUCUGUACAAGUUUCAAUCAAUUCCUCCUCUUGGGUCAUAUCAAUCUGCUGUCAGUCAAACUACUACUCCUAUAGGGUCUACAAUAAACAAGUUUGUGUACCCCAUUUCUUUUAUUUCUACCUGUAAUACAUCUAAAUCAUGUAAUGUACCUGUUUCUUGUAUUCUGUGGCAUCUAAGACUAGGACAUCCUCACUUUGAGGCACUUAAGUCUGUACUCCAACACUGUAAUGUGUCUUCAAUUAAUAAAAGUGAUAUUUCUUUCUGUUCUGCUAGCUGUCUUGGAAAAGCACACAGAUUACCAGCACAAUCAUCUAACACUGUUUACCAUUCACCUUUUGAGUUAAUCUUCACUGAUUUAUGGGGCCCUGCACCCAUAUUAUCUUUUGAUGGUUAUUCAUAUCACAUAUGUUUCAUUGAUGCCUGCACAAAAUACACUUGGAUUUAUUUUCUGAAAAAGAAAUCUAAUGCCUUCACCGCUUUUCAAAACUUCUAUCAGUAUGUCCUAAAUCAAUUUUCAAAGUCCAUCAAGUCCAUUUAAUCUGACUGGGGAGGUGAGUUUAGG